CUGCCCCGACGAAACAAACACCCGCCAAAAUCAUCCAUGAAAAUCCCCUGAUUCAAUUUCUCUCCAUACACAAAAAUCAAAAACUUCAUCCAUCCUAAUCCUAAUGGAGAAGGAGAAUUCACCGGAGAAUUGCAACGUCAAGGUAGCGUUGCAUAUCCGCCCUCUCCUCCGCCACGAGCGCCAGAACGGCGGCCAAGAAUGUUUGGACGUCGUUCCAGGAUCGGCUCAGGUGCUAAUGGGCUCACAUUCUUUUAUAUUUGACCAUGUAUAUGGAGGAGGAGGGUCUCCAUCAAACAAUAUGUUUGAAGAGUGCGCUGUUCCUCUCUUAGAUGCGUUGUUUCAAGGAUACAAUGGUACAAUUAUCGCGUAUGGUCAGACAGGUUCAGGCAAGACCUACACCAUGGGCACUAACCCAAAAGAAACUUCCCACAGAGGACUUAUUUUUCAAAUUAUGGACACAAUAUUUAGCAAGAUCGAGGCAUUGAAACAUCAGUUUGAAUUCCAAUUGCACGUUUCCUUCAUUGAGAUUCUAAAAGAAGAAGUGAGGGACUUGCUGGAUUCAGUCAUUAUCGAAAGACUAGAAACCAGUGACGGAAAUCCCGAGAAUGCAAUUCCCGGAAAGCAUCCGUUACAAAUUCGCAAAGCACCAGACGGAGCUGUAAACUUAGGAUCAAAUGAAGUUAGUGUUAGCACACAGAAAGAUAUGGCAGCUUGCCUUGAACAAGGAUGUUCGAAUCGCUCCGUAGCAUCAACAGAUAUGAACAAUCAAUCAAGCCGUUCUCACGCAAUCUUCACCAUACAUUUAGAGCAGAAGGAUAAAAACACAGGCGGAACCGAUUCACGCGAACUUAUGGGCGAGGAAUACCGCUGUGCAAAGUUACAUUUGGUAGACCUUGCUGGAUCUGAGAGAGCUAAGCGAGCAGGUUCAGAAGGGGUUCGUUUGAAAGAAGGUAUUCAAAUCAAUAAGGGGCUUCUUGCACUUGGUAAUGUCAUAAGUGCACUCGGAGAUGACAAGAAACGGAAAGAUGGAGUGCAUAUCCCUUAUCGGGACAGUAAACUUACUCGCCUAUUGCAGGCUUCACUCGGUGGGAAUUGCAAAACCGUUAUGAUAGCUUGUGUCAGCCCUGCUGAUUAUAACGCUGAGGAAACUCUUAAUACUCUCAAGUAUGCUAAUCGCGCUCGCAACAUUCAAAAUAAAGCUUCUGUUCAAAAAGAAGUAUUUCCUGCUGACACGCACAAAUUGAGGCAGCAAUUAAGAUUGUUGCAGGCAGAACUUGCUCACAGAAAGGAAGCUGAACUUGUUGAAUUGCAGGAUCUUAAAAGAAAAGUUGACUCUCUAGAAGAUACCAACUCAGAACUUCUUGAAAAGAUUAAUGGAUAUCACAGAAAAUGUGCUGUUGUGGAGGCUGCCAACUCAGAACUUCUUGAAAAGAUUAAUGGAUAUCAGAGAAAAUGUGCCGUUGUGGAGGCUGCCAACUCAGAACUUCUUCAAAAGAUUCAUGAAUAUCGCAGCAAAUCUGUUGUUGUAGAUCCUCGUGACACAGAUUCUCACGAAGAUACAAGAGGCUCACAGUGCACAACCUCUCCUGAGGCGAUCACUGAAUCUGUUGCAAGCGGCGAUGUUGCCGGCAACAUUUUGAGAGAACCUGAUAAUACGAUGAUCAAAAAGGAGCAAGGAAUUCAACAGAAUACUUUGCCCAAAGAGUUGAAUGAUUUCAGACAUUUGGAGCAGAAUACAAUUGAUGUGGAAGCACUCGAGCGAAGAUAUGGGGAAAUAAUCAAAUCACUUGAGCAAGACAAAAGAUUACUGCAGCUAGAAAAAGAUGGAUUGCAACUAGAAAGAGACGGCUUACGAGAUGAAAUUGCACGUCUUGAGUCUCUCGGUGAGCCAAUAACAAAGGAGAAAGCCAUGAAUGCAGAGAAUCCUGAAGCAAUUGAGAUUUCAGAACAGAUUUCAGAUUUGGAGAGAAAACACGAGCACGAGAUUGAACUUCUAAAGCAGAAAAGCCAGGAUGCAAUAAAUCGACUACAAGUUGAAGUACGUAGUAUCAAGUCCCAAAAGGUACAGCUACAACAAAAGGUGAAACAGGAGGAGGAGCAAUUUCGGCAAUGGAAGACCAAUCAUGAGAAACAAAUGAUGCAGGUAAAGAAAGAGAGCAGGAAGAGUGAAAUUGAAUUGCAGAAAUUGAAUGCUUUGUAUCAACGCCAAACACAGGUUUGUCAAAGGAAAGCAGAAGAAGCUGCAAGAGCUACCAAAAAGCUAAAAGAGUUGAUGGAAUCACGCAAGGUUGCCGCACGACGUGAAACUGUUGCUCAACCCCGGGGACAACCUCGAUCCGGACAGAUCAAAACUUUGAAGAGAUGGGUUAAUAAUGAACUAGACAAAGUGAUGCAAAUGCAUAAACUUCGUAUGAACCAUGAAAAACAAACUCAGAGUCAUGCAAAACUUAAAGAGGAAUUAAGCUGCCUGAAACAACAGGAAAAGCUUUCUUCUCAAGGCAAGGCUCCGAGAGAGGCUUCAUUAUCACCAAAUACAAGAGCAGUUAGGAUUGUUUCACUUGAAAGCAGGGUAAAAUCGUCUUCCGCUGCCCUUGCUGUGUUGUCUUCACAGAUUUCAGAGGCUGGGAAAGGAGAUAACGCCUCUGCUGCACGAUGGAAGAUGUUACACGCACUCGGAGAUGCAAAGGAUUUGCUUCAACACCUAUUUGGUAUUGCUAUUGAAGCAAGACGCCGGUUGUUGGAAAAGGGAUAUGAAACCAAAUCACAGUUUAGUGAAUUUAACUUGCAACAAAAUGAUGACAGAGAUGGUGGCUCAACACAAACACCAUCUAUCCAAAGCGCAAAAGUAAGUUCGCUAACAAAGAAAAUGAAAGAAAUCGAACAAAAUGCAAGGGAUAAAACUCCUUCAAAGAAAUUAAAAGAAACAACCACCAAGCAGGGAAAGGCUCCAACUCCGUUAGAUAUUUUCGCAGAUAUGGGUAUUGAAUAUCCUUUGCCAUUCCCAGAAUCAAGGCAACUUGACUCUGAAGCUGGAAUCUGCAAUAGGCCACUGCCAGUAGUUUUUAAACAAACACAAAAGAUGAUACCAAUGGCGCAUGUGUCCAUGAAAAAGUCACCACUUGGUGAACAUAUGGGAAAGAUCUCCCGGUGGAAGCGAAGUCAUGACGAAUGGCUGAUACAGUUCAAAUGGAAGUGGCAGAAACCAUGGAAGCUGUCAAGCCUGAUCAGAGCCAGUGACCAGAUUAGGAACAGUGAUGUGACUUUAAAAGGGUCAUGAUUUGUCUCUCCGGCUUGGUCCAACCACAUGAUCAUUUCACAACAUCUAUCUGGGUAUAAAAAUGAACGUAUCGACUAAUUGUACAUUCUUUAUCCUCGGUUAUUAUGAUUUCCAUCAGGCCACUAUCCUUAAAAACAAGAAAUGAUGGUUGGGACAUUCAGUCUUGUUUACUAAGAGGUGGAGAGCUAAUUACAUACAAUUAAGCAUACAUAUUAUAGAACUAAAAGAGCGAGGCGGUGCAGCAAAUUAGGAUGACAAAAGAACCAAAAGGAUUAGCUGCUAACUGUUUUGUAAAAGUUUUUUUUUUGUACAACAUUCUCUGUAAUCAGUAAAUGCUCUUUCUCAUCA